GAGAAAGUGAUCUUUCUUCCUGAAUCAACAAAACAAUCUCAAGUGGCUGGGCAAAUACAUAAUAUAAUCUCAUUUCUCAGCCAGACGGAGGGGAGCGCUGGGAGUGUGUUUUGGGCGAGAAAGUGCUGGUAUUCUGGCUAUUUAUAUAUCAUGCUAAUAAUUCAGACGGCUGGGGGAGAGCAUUAUAAAUGCAGAACUUGAUGCAUGGGAUUCUGGGAAAUUUGGAAUUUUCUACUGUGUAUGAAUUAUUCUGCCUGCCCAGUGUCCCACACCUGUACCAGUGCACUGCUGCUCUAACACUAGUGAAACCAGUGACGGGUAUUUGCACAACCACCAACUGCCACUUGAUGAUCAAUCUACAAAUCCAUUUCCAUGGGCUUUCUAAUUGCAGGUAUAACUAAAACCUAAUUGCCAUGGAUCCGGUCUCUGUACUUCUGUCUGUUGUUGUUUGUAUUUUCCUAUAUAAAGUCUUCUAUGGUGGGAAAGAAAGACCUGAGAACUUCCCUCCUGGGCCCAAACCAUUACCCCUCAUUGGGAAUCUGCACAUAAUGAAUAUGAGGAAACCCCAUCUGACAUUUAUGGAGCUGGCUAAAACAUACGGCUCAGUAUUCAGCUUUCAACUUGGCCUGGAGAAGAUCGUUGUGCUUUGCGGCACCGACACAGUGAAAGACGCUCUUAUCAACCAUGCCGAGGAGUUUUCAGAGAGGGCCAAAAUUCCUGUUUUUGAAGAUAUCGCUAAAGGACAUGGUAUUGUUUUUGCUCAUGGAGAGAACUGGAAGGUGAUGAGAAGAUUCACUCUUUCUGCACUAAGAGACUUCGGGAUGGGGAAGAAAACUAUAGAAGACAAGAUUUGCGAAGAAAGUGACUGUUUAGUAGAAACAUUUAAGUCCUAUAAUGGGAAGCCGUUUGAUAACACUUUCAUACUGAAUUCUGCUGCAGCCAACAUCAUUGUGACCAUACUCCUUGGGGAUCGCUUUGAUUAUAAGGAUCCAAAAAUGCUAAACCUUAUAAAAGUAGUGAAUCAAAAUAUGAGGAUUGGUGGUGGUUUUAUGGUUAGGCUGUAUAACACAUACCCAACUAUUAUGAGAUGGAUUCCCGGCAGUCAUCAAACUGUUUCUAAAAACGUAGCAACAAUAUUCAAGUUUCUCAAUGAGACAUUUACGGAACACAGAAAAGUACUGGACGUAAAUGACCAGAGGGAUCUCAUUGAUGCGUUUCUUGUCAAGCAACAAGAGGAGGAACUUUCUUCUAAAAAGUUUUUUUACAACCAAAACCUCACAGUCCUUGUAACCAAUUUAUUUGCUGCUGGAAUGGAGACAACCUCUACCACCCUUCGAUGGGGCCUCCUGUUAAUGAUGAAGUAUCCAGAAAUCCAGAAAAAAAUCCAAAAAGAAAUCGAUCAAGUGAUUGGCUCAGCCCAACCUCGCCUUGAGCACAGGAAACAAAUGCCCUAUACUGAUGCCGUUAUCCAUGAGAUUCAGAGAUUUGCCAACAUCGCACCUAUUAACAUUCCCCAUGAGACAACUCAGGACGUCACAUUCAGGGGCUACUUUAUUCCAAAGGGAACCCAAGUGAUCCCCCUGCUGGCAUCUGUCCUGCGAGAUAAAGCCUAUUUCAAAAAGCCAGAAGAAUUUUACCCGGAACAUUUCCUUGACUCAGAAGGGAAUUUUGUUAAAAAUGAGGCCUUCCUUCCCUUCUCAGCAGGUAAAAGAAGUUGUGCCGGAGAGACGUUGGCCAAGAUGGAACUCUUCUUGUUCUUCACAAAGUUACUGCAGAACUUCACAUUCCAACCCCCUCCUGGAGUUGAGGUCCAACUGACCUGUGGAGUUGCCUUGACAUCCAUACCUUUAGACCAUAAGAUCUGUGCUUUGCCUCGCAGCUAGAAUAGAAAUGUACAUAAUAGCAAGUAAAUGAAGCUGCUACGUAAAAGAAAAGGAAAGAAGGCAGCCAUUUUAAAUCUAAAACUACUGGGUAUGAAAAGCUCAGUGCUUAUCAUUCUUGUGCUUGCAGCCGCCAUCUUAAAGAACAAUUCAACACAGUUUUUGUUUUUUUUACUUGUAUGUAUGUGUGUGUGUGUGUGUGUGUGUGUGUAUAUAUAUAUAUAUAAUUUGCUAUAAUUUAGUGGUUCCUGCCAUUUUACCAAGUUUCUCUGUUUUGUAUCUAUAAAUAUGUCAAUGAAAAUAUAGUAACAAAUGCACAAAAUAUUGUUGAAUAAAGGAAGUACAUUCAGAAUA